GGUCUGGCUGCGGCGGCCGGCGAAGCUCGCACUGCCGGGAUGGACGGCGAGCGCCUGGCGUCGGGUUCCUCGGAGCUGGCGGUCGGUGAGAGCCCGCGGGGCGGCGCCCCGAUCCCGGGUGGCAGCGGUUCCUGCAGCCUGCUGCAGGCCGACGUGCUGGAUCUGGACGAGGACGAGGACGACUUGGAGGUGUUCAGUAAGGAUGCUUCACUGAUGGACAUGAACUCCUUCAGCCCUAUGAUGCCAACAUCCCCUUUGUCGAUGAUAAACCAGAUCAAGUUUGAAGAUGAACCAGAUGUAAAGGAUCUUUUCAUUACAGUUGAUGCACCUGAGAGCCAUGUUACUACAAUUGAAACCUUUAUCACUUACAGGAUCAUAACCAAGACCUCUCGUGGGGAGUUUGAUUCCAGUGAAUUUGAAGUCAGGCGCCGUUAUCAAGAUUUCCUGUGGUUGAAAGGUAAACUGGAAGAAGCGCAUCCCACGCUCAUUAUUCCACCGUUGCCGGAAAAGUUUAUCGUGAAAGGGCUGGUGGAGCGUUUCAACGAUGACUUCAUCGAAACCCGCAGGAAAGCAUUGCAUAAGUUUCUGAACAGGAUCGCCGAUCAUCCAACUUUAACAUUUAAUGAAGAUUUCAAGGUUUUCCUCACGGCACAAGCCUGGGAACUGUCUUCUUAUAAGAAGCAAGGACCUGGCUUGCUGAGCAGGAUGGGGCAGACAGUCAGAGCCGUGGCAUCGUCCAUGAGAGGAGUGAAGAACCGGCCAGAUGAAUUCAUGGAAAUGAAUAACUUCAUUGAAACAUUUAGCCAGAAAAUUAAUUUAAUAGAUAAAAUAUCUCAGAGAAUUUACAAGGAAGAAAGGGAUUAUUUUGAUGAAAUGAAAGAAUAUGGCCCCAUUCACACUCUGUGGUCAGCAUCAGAAGAAGACCUGGUUGACACAUUGAAAGCCAUUGCCAGCUGCAUUGACCAGUGCUGUAAGGCCACUGAGAAGCGGAUGUCUGGCCUGUCCGAGGCCUUGCUCCCUGUUGUCCAUGAGUAUGUGCUUUACAGUGAGAUGCUAAUGGGUGUUAUGAAAAGAAGAGAUCAAAUACAAACAGAACUGGAUUCCAAAGUUGAAGCUUUGACCUACAAAAAAGCUGAUGCUGAUCUGCUUACAGAAGACAUCGGAAAACUUGAAGACAAAGUGGAAUGUGCUAACAAUGCCCUGAAAGCAGACUGGGAAAGGUGGAAGCAGAACAUGCGAAAUGAUCUCAAGUCAGCGUUUACAGACACAGCCGAGGAGAACAUCCGCUACUAUGAACAGUGCCUUGCUACGUGGGAAUCAUUCCUCGCAUCACAGACUGACCUCCCUUUGGAAGAAGACUCUGAAGAUAAAAUUUAAUCCUAUCAAAGACUCCUGUUUGAUCUUUGAGAGACAGCGUCUAUCAACCAAAGUUGCUUUUUUCUGGAUUGGCUGUGCCCUUUAUAGAGUGGAUGACAAUUGAUUUUGCACUGUCUGGAAAACCAACAACUUAAAAACUCAGGUAUUCCAGGUCAUCAACGUGAAUUUGUGAUAUAAACAUAUCUAUCUAGAUAUAUAGGUCUAUUAUAUGAUGUAUAUGCUAUAGAUCUAUAGAUCUGUUAUAUGGAUAGAUAUUUAUCUAUGUCUAUAUGAAUAGAAAGAUUAGUAUAAUUUUAAUUUUGUUCUUAAAUUUAUGUGCUAUUAAUUACAUAUAGAGUUUUUUUCUUACAUAUUUGACUGUGGUACAUUACAUUUUUCAAUAUGUUGUAAAGACUUGGUUUUAAUAAAAUCUUUAAUAAGAAA